CAAGUGGAAGCGAUUAUUUAGAUAUAAUGAAUGUUACUGAAGAAGAUUCUCCAAAUGUUAUUUAUGCGACCACAGCGCCUGUGCGCUCCGUGAUCGGUCCGGAGACUGUGUGGCUCGUGCUCCAGUGGUUCCCCCCAAAAUCAUAUACAGCUUACGAUGGCUUCAAUAUUUACAUCCAAAGGGAAGGGAACCCUGGUCAGGUUUUCACAGUAGAAAAUGACAGUUAUGUUUUUGAGCUCGAACUCCAAGAGGCGGGAAAGUACAAUGUCAAUGUAACAACUGUCAGCUCCUUUGGAAUCUGUCCGACUAGAGAGAGCUCAACCAAGAAAGCUUUGACGUUUUACCUGAGUUCCUUUGGGAAGUGGUUUAAGGAGAUCACUGAAAGCCCUCAGAACAUCGCUGUGAAGGUGCUGAAUUCUAUUACAGCCCACGUAUCCUGGACUCACUCACAAGACAACAACUACGAUAGUAUUGUGUCAAUCGUAUCUCUGUCUUGUCAGCAGCAAUUAGAGGGCCAGAGAAUUGAGUCCCGUUAUUGCUACAAGGUAAAUCUGAGCAGUAACAUCAUUGAAAACCUAAUGCCAGGAGCGUAUUACCAGGUUGUUGUCUACUUGAAAAAUGGCCCUGCUGUUGGCCCUCCUUCUCUCCCAGUUACAUUUGGUUUGAAGCCAUCAGGAGUGAAGAACCUGAUAUUAUACCCUUUGGGCCCCACAGCAGUAGUGUUGACCUGGAGCAGACCUUACUCUGUGGUGUUUAAAAAGUACGUUGUGGAAAUGUACCACCAUGACCCGCUGAACCAAAACUCAAAAUGGAAAACCAUCCAAGAUAUUCCAUUCACAAUUGCCUUAACAACCUCGAUGACUGUGACUAACUUGCAACCAGCCUCACGUUAUGAGUUUCGUGUCACGAUGGUGUCUUGGGGAGAGCCUGAAAUGAGUUGUUGUGACCGAUCUUUGAUGAGCUACAUAACAGCACCACUAGCUCCGAAGAUUACUUGGCUGGAGUAUUCUAAGAACCUACUCUCUAUUAGCUGGACCUACGGGGACGUUACAACUGAAGCAUCCAAUUCAACCUUACCUUAUUGGCUUGUUGUAGCAGUUGGACGAAGAAUUAUUAAAAAGAGUGUGCCUCACAGCACAAUGACAACUCUGCUUCGAUUGCCUCCUGGAGACAUCUAUAACCUAACUGUGGUAGCCUACACAGAAGGGAGCAGCAACUCCUCUGCACCGCGUGUCAUCCAACUCCAACCUGCUUCUCCCAAGUCACUCUUCGCUGUCAACAAAACGCAGACAUCGGUGACGCUCCUGUGGGUAGAGGAAGGAGUCAUUGAUCAUUAUGAGGUCACGUGCAAACAGGUUGGAGCAAGAGGUGAAGGAAAGAAAGAAGAGGCCACAGUUUACUCUCCUAUUGUUACACUAACCAACCUUGUGCCAUCGACCUCCUAUAACUGCAGUGUGACCAGUGUCAGUUAUGAGCGUUACAGUGCUCCCGUUUUCAUCACUGUCUCAACAACAGUUACAGAAGUGAAUUCGAACAUGGUGGUUAUCUCUGCCCUCGCAAUACUGAGUAUCCUGCUCAUCGGACUGUUACUGAUUACACUAUUUGUUCUACGACGAAAGCACUUGCAACAUGCCAGGAAUUGUGGAGCCGGAAUAUUUGUCAAUUUCGCCACUUUGGAGAGAGAUGGGAAGUUGCCAUUUAACUGGUAUGUUCAGAGUGGAAAGGAGAGGAAUAAAUAUGCAUUGAAGAAGAGGAAACUGGCCAACCCUGUUCAGCUGGACGAUUUUGAGUUAUAUCUGAAGGAUAUGGGUAGAGACUCUGAUUACAAAUUCUCUCUGCAGUUUGAGGAUCUAAAGCUUGUGGGUCAGGAUAUACCCCAUGAUGCAGCUGAACUGCCAGUGAAUCGAUGUAAAAAUCGUUACACUAAUAUCCUGCCGUACGACUUCAGCCGAGUGAAAUUAAGAUCUCUUCACAAUGAAGAGGGCUCGGACUACAUCAAUGCUAACUACAUCCCUGGAUUUAACUCUGCACGUGAAUACAUUGCAACGCAAGGACCCUUGCCGGAGACCAGAAAUGAUUUUUGGAAAAUGAUAAUGCAGCAGAAAUCCUGUAUCAUCGUUAUGCUUACACAAUGUACUGAGAGGAGACGGGUAAAAUGUGACCAUUAUUGGCCUUUUAAUGAACAGCCUGUUGGUUAUGGGGACAUCACUGUUGAAAUGGUAUUUGAAUCAGAGCCCUCAGAUCAGCCUGAGGAGACUUAUCAGUCUGAAUGGAUCAUCAGGGAAUUCAACGUAAGCUACGCAGAUGAAAUUCAGAGAGUGAUUCACUAUAAUUACAUGGCAUGGCCAGAUCAUGGUGUGCCCAGUGCUAGUGCAACAGAGAACAUCUUACAGUUCGUACAACUGGUCAGGCAGGAGGCAAUGGAGAGACCCGGCCCAAUAGUUGUGCACUGCAGCGCUGGUGUGGGAAGAACGGGCACCUUUAUAGCUCUUGACCGACUUAUGCAGCACAUCCAGGAGCAUGAGUACGUAGAUAUCCUGGGCCUGGUGACUGAAAUGCGUACAUACAGAACAUCAAUGGUUCAGACAGAGGAACAGUACAUUUUCAUUCAUCGGUGCGUGCAGCUGAUGUGGAAAAAGAGAAAGCAACAGUAUGGCAACAGUGAUGUGAUAUAUGAGAAUUCUAGACCAUCCCAGCUAUGAAGCCUGAAAGAUUCCAAACUUUACAGCACACUGCUUUAUUCUAAGCUUCAGGUACGUCCUGGGCUUGGCUCUAACCACAGAGGACCAGUGCUAGCAAGAGAGAGCUGAUAAAAGAAAAGAACAUUUUUAAAAAAGUGCUCUGGAACAAUGCCUUAAAAGUACCUGUAGUGUCUUUGGACUGUUUCCACCAAUGAAAAUUCAGUGUGGGACCAAAUUCAUAUGAAACAAAUGUUAAAGUAGGUACAAGCAACAAGUCCAUAAUGAAGAAAUAAAGUGUAUUGCAUUCCACUGCUCGUGUUCAGUUAAUGCACCAUGUUACAAAGAUAAACUUUCACUAAACGUCUGCUUUCCAGGAAUCAUCUAGCCUUUCUUAUACAAGCCAAAUAAAACCACACUUUAAACUAAAUGGUAAAAACUGUGAAAUGACUGAGGAAUUCAUGGAAUUACUGUAUUUAUGCAAUAAAGAACAUUUGCAUCAGAGAUUGGUGAUUAAGAUGAUUUAUCUGGCACUGCAGAUCUAAUAGGUAUUCCUCAGUAAUGCACAUACUGUUGAUUAUAAAUUGAUGUUGUGUAAUGCAUUGUGUCUUGACAGUUUUGUUGUGUUGCAGAGGAGGUAAAAUUCACUGUUUUCAUUUAGCAGUUAUGAUAAAUAUUUCCCAACAUCAACACACACUGCCCUUUUGGGUGCUGAAUUUUCCUAGAUCUUAAAAAACACGAUCACAUGGCUGCACAUAAAAUUGGCGCUCUAAAUAAAAAUGCGAUGAGGGAGAAAAGAAUGCUAAUUUGAAUUUGAAUCAUGCAAAAUGUUUUAUUUUACAAAAGGUGCAACAAUGCUAUAGUUUAGCUAAUGAAUUGUCACAGGAAAUUUGCUCCCCAGAAGUAAAAGUUAUACUGGACAGUUGACAGCAAGAUUCAAACAAGCGAUUGAGAACCACAAUCCUAUAGCAGUAAGCAAACUGCUUGUCUCAAACCAGACCUGUUAAUACAGUAAGAAUUCUAAUUGUUAGUGAGAUACCAUAAUUAUUGGAGUACCAGUUUGCACCAUUCUGAAAAGAUUUUAAUUUUUUUUUAAAAAAGCAAUCAGUAAAAUUAUUGGAUGUUACCCCAUAUAAGUCUCUAGCCUUAAACCAUUAUGGUUCAAAAGCAAGAUAUCUACAAAUGCAUCUGAAGAGUAUCUAAUAAAAGAACUCCAAAUUAAAUGGAACAACCAGAUGCUGCACAACAUUUGGUUGAGUUUUAACUAAACUCCAUGAACACAACAUUAUCAAUUUUUCAAAGUUCUCGGUGAGGCAGAAGAGAAUAAGUUCUUCACAUUGAUAUACCGGUGAUGUGUUGCUCAGGCCCAAACCAGAACUGCGCCUUCAUACAACGACACCAAAAGCAACAUACCAUUUCUAAUGUUGUGCUUAAAUGAAGAUUCAGAAACAUGUGCAGCACUUGUUCUGCUGUGUCACUUUUGUACCAUUCAUAAAUCAUAUUUGUACAUUAAAUCUUUGUAUAAUAGUAUCUCUAAUUUAUUUUUUUUUGGUGGCUUGCUGUAGUGUAGAUUUUUCAGCUUUGAAUUGUACCAGUAUUGGGAAUGCACCGAUAUAAGAAAA